UUCGUCUAUUUGUUUCUCUCUCCAAACAAGGACUAACGUUCUUUGAUGGCGCAACCAUGGGAAUUACAGUUAAAUCCCUCGCCGCCAGGCACUGAAUUGCCUAAGUUAAACGCCCUCCCGGUGACAGCCAAGCGCCGGCGUGACGAUUUUGACGGUGGUGAAACAUCCGCCGCAAAACGGCAAGCUAGAGCAGAUGUUAUAUUCAGGAUCGUGGUCCCGUCGGGAAAGAUCGGAAAAGUAAUCGGCAAACAAGGCCAUCGUAUCCAGAAGAUUCGAGAAGAUACCAAAGCCACGAUCAAAAUCGCCGACGCCGUCGCCAGACAUGAAGAGCGCGUGAUAAUUAUAAGCUCGAAGGAGAGUGAGAAUGGGGCAACUGACGCGGAGAAUGCGUUGCAGCGAAUAGCAGAGUUGAUUUUGAAUGAAGAUGAUGGAGGUAGCAGUGGCGGCGGCGGCGUGGAGAUAGGGAAACUAGUCAAUGCAGGGCAUGUGGCUGCAAAUACGAUAAGAUUAUUAAUAGCUGGGUCUCAAGCUGGUUCUUUGAUAGGAAUGUCUGGUCAAAAUAUAGUGAAAUUGAGGAACUCAUCAGGUGCAAUGAUCACUGUUCUUGCGCCGAAUCAGUUGCCUCUCUGUGCUUCUGCUUAUGAAUCUGAUCGUGUUGUGCAGAUAUCAGGAGAUGUACCUGUAGUGCUAAAAGCUCUGGAGGAGAUUGGUUGUCAACUCAGGGAGAACCCACCUAAACAAGUAAUUUCUAUCAGUCCAUCGUACAACUAUAGCGCAGUUCCAUUUCAACAAUAUGCGCCCCAAGCUGCAGCUGAUUAUGUAACCAUGGAGAUGAUGGUCCCGGAGACAAUGAUGGGUGGCUUGAUAGGAAGAAGUGGUUCUAAUAUAUCAAGGAUCAGAGUGGAGUCUGGAGCAGUAAUCAAGGUUCAUGGUGGGAAAGGUGCACAAAAACAUAGGCAUAUACAACUAGCUGGUAGUUCUCAGCAGGUGGCGCUAGCAAAACAGAGGGUAGAUGAAUACAUAUAUUCGCAGUUGGUUCAACAAGCUGGCACUCAACAGUGUAUUUUCAGGUUGCAGAUAUGAUGAAGCUGGAAUGGCCAAGAUCUUUGUCAGGCUCUCUCGUCUCCACAUCUGUUAAAGUUCCUGGCAGCUGUAUAACCGUGCCUUGUUCCCUUGGUGCUUCAUUGACGGGGCACGAACAUGAGCCAUGUAGGUGGAUAUCUAUUCAUUCUGUUGCGUGAAUGGUGUAUUGGGUUUUGGGAUGCUAGUGCUCAAUGAACAAACUAACCUUUUGCCUUUAUUAUUAAUUUGGUGAGACUUUUGUAAUACCAUUUAUCUUCUGAGCUGCUCUCACAUUACGAAGAAGAGCACCAUGAGAAGAGUUCUGCUAA